UGAGGGCCAAAAUGGGUACAAGGAAUUGGUCAUCACCUUUGUCACCAACUCAUCCUAGCAAGAAAAGUACAUCAGCUAGCAAUAGGUAGAUUGCCACUGUUUUGUUCCAAAUCCCUUGCUCAACUAUUGAAGAGUAUAUCUUUCUAAACUUUAGUUUCCCAAGAAUUUUUACCACAAAGCCAUUAACAAAAAUAUCUCAACCUAACCUUACUAACAAUUCUACAUGUCUAAAUUCUUUCUAAGGUUGGUGGUUGAAUCGUUAAUCUGCUCCAGCAGCAAUGCUUGGAAAAAGUCAGUCACUGUUGUAAGUGCCAGUAACACUGCCCAGUGAGAGCUAGAAACCCCUGAGACUUUUCAUACAACCCAUAGAUCAUGAGGGACACGGUGACCAUGAAGACAACAAUCAGAGUUGUGCUCAGUAACAGCAUGUGGUCCUCAGAACACUUGGUCCUUGGGGCUUUGCCAACUGCUCAACCUUGUUCCAUGAGUUCCAGUGCUUCCUGUUUGGUCCCCUUGCAUGGCCCCCGACAUAUAUGGUCUUUCCCACCUACUACUACUACUGCAAACAGGAAGAAGUAUGACUUAGUUUGACAGUAGAGAUUGAAUUUGAGUGUAAACUAUGUGUUACAUGGGAACAAUCUGCCCCUCAAAAAAACCUCAGGUGACUACUUCAGUUACCUUAGACCAUAUGACUAACAGCCACUGUCACCAACACAAAAGUCAAGGCAUCGGGAAACUGAGUGGGAUCUGGACAUGCUCUCUAGUUGGUUGGGAACAAGAAUGUGAAGAGGGCUUGGGAUAAAGCAGUCCAAUUAUCAAAUGUGAGCAUGCCUUAUCCACCUCUACUGACUGGCCAAGAAUGGGCAGGUCACACCAGCUUGUCUGCACACCAGUUCCUUUCCUUAGGAAGUCUACACCCAGGGAGAGCCUCCUCAGUGGUAAACCUUUUCCGGGCCCCUUACACAACACAAGCGUGGUGCCUGCAAGGCAAAGACUGGCAGUCCCUUCGGAGAUAAGGAAAAUGUUCAGAGGCCGUUAGGAGCAGAGCCACUCAACUGGGUCCCCUAGUUCCGGUUCAGUUUCCAAGGUUCGUCUGUGAGUGCCGAGAGUGCCGAGAUGCGGGUGGGCAAGGUAAAGGCCUGUAAACUUGGCUGACUGUGCUUGAAGCAUUUCUGGUUUCUGGAACCUCCUGUCCUUCACAAGCCCAGCUGCUUUCCUCAUGUGACUGCUUAACGGUCCACCUUCUCCCAUACACAACACUUCCACUAUCCUGGAAGGGCUCUGCUCCUGGGCCCUAGGGAGAGGGCUGUGGCAAAGUGGAAGAAGUCAAAGUCAUACGAAUCAAUUGAGCCUCUUCUCGUCUGUGAUUGGGGCAAGAGCAAUAGCACUCUUCAUCUUCCCUAAUGAGGGUCAUGGGAGACUAAAGCGCCCAUGGGCAGGAAGACGGCUUCUCACACCGGCCCGCCCAGCCAACUCUAGCCCUCAACUCUGACCAGAGCUGACCUCCACCUCCCCUCAGCAUGGAGAAGCCUGCCCCAGAAACCCCAUCUCACCAGCUCUAGCUCAGGUACCCACCCCUUCUCUGUUGAAAACACCCUACCUCUUUCUCCAGAGCUAUUCCCACCACCGCCACUCCCCUCGGGAGUCCCUACCGGUCCUUGUGAGAGGGUAAAGGAGAGGCGGGACUCAAGUUGUUUUUCCAAGAAAAGGAGUCAGCUGGCUUAAGGUUAGUCGGCUGUUGACACUCAAGAAGCUUUGUGGGUGACGGGGCCAGGCGCGGACGGGCGCGUCCAACUCUGGCUGGCUCAGGAAGAACAAGCGCUGGUGCGAGAUGCCCGCAAUUCGACCCAAGCGCCCAGGCCACGGCAGAGCUGUCCGAGGUCCUGAAUCUGCCUACUUGGGGCCUUCACUAAUACUGUGUGCUGCAGGAGGUCUGGGAGACCCGGGUCGCCCUGGGGGUCUGUUCUGUCCCAGGUGACCUUGGGCACCGGGCUUCUCCUCGUAGGCAGCGGUGAACUCAUUCCUCGUGUCGCGGCUGGAUAGGAGGCUCGUGCCAUCUUCGGUCUCGCAACUGGUGCGCGACCCUUUCCGGGCCUGGAAAGGGACCUGGUCUUCUGCCACCUUAGACGCUCGCCUGUCCUUUCUCUCAUUCUCUUUCUCAGGCCCCGACGGCUCCAAUCUUUUGGCUGCCCGGCGGCCAACAGAAGCAUGUUGGCCGAAUCCUCCCCGCCACACACCACUUCCUGUUGGGACCAAACUCUCAAGACCGCGGUUAAACCGCAAGCCGGACAACCAAGGGGCCGAAGCCAUGGAGAGGCGCGAAAACAAUUCGGGGUCUAGAGUGUGUGGUUAGGGCUGAGGCGGGGCGCGUAGCCAGACUUGGCCGCCUUGUUCCUCCCAAGCCCGCGAGGGGGCGCCUUGUCCCCAUGACAACGCGGACAGCCCCUCCACCCCCUCCCCCGCCCGGAGGGCAGCGCCCGAGGCUAAUCCGCCCAGGAGACUGGGGGUGGUGCCCUCGAUGCUGGAGCCCCCAGUCGCCGACCAAUUCCCAGGAGGGGCGCAAGCAUCAAGGGUGUCCGACACUCCAGGUGCUGACCCCCGCGCGUCGCCGCUGGGUGACCGGCCCCGAGAGGGUGGUGUGUCCCCACCACGAUUGGCUGCUUCCCUGUGACAUCACGCGGCUCGGGGAAAAGUGCGAGCGUGAGCGCGAGUCGGAGCCACAGCGCCGGGAGCUGCAGGCGAAGCAGGGGCCGCCCCUUGGCACCCCGUCCCCGCCCCCGGCCCACGGCCGAGUCACCCACCCCGCCGACUCCCGAGCCCUCUGGCUUGUCCCGCCGUCUGUCCCGCGCAGCAGAGCAAGACAGAAAAGCAGCUGCCACUGCCUGCCCGUACCCAGCAUGUCGAAUUUCACCCCGGUCAAUGGCAGCUCAGCCAACCAGUCUGUGCGGCUGGUCACAGCAUCCCACAACCACCUGGAGACAGUGGAGAUGGUGUUCAUUGCCACGGUGACGGGCUCGCUGAGCCUGGUGACGGUUGUGGGUAACAUCCUGGUGAUGCUGUCCAUCAAGGUCAACAGGCAGCUGCAGACAGUCAACAACUACUUCCUGUUCAGCCUGGCAUGUGCCGAUCUUAUCAUAGGCGUAUUCUCAAUGAACCUCUACACCGUGUACAUCAUCAAGGGUUACUGGCCCCUGGGCGCAGUGGUCUGUGACCUGUGGCUGGCUCUAGACUACGUGGUAAGCAAUGCCUCCGUCAUGAACCUUCUCAUCAUCAGCUUUGACCGCUACUUCUGCGUCACCAAACCCCUCACCUACCCCGCCCGCCGCACGACUAAAAUGGCAGGCCUCAUGAUCGCUGCUGCCUGGGUCCUGUCCUUUGUGCUCUGGGCCCCUGCCAUCUUGUUCUGGCAGUUUGUGGUGGGCAAGAGGACGGUGCCUGACAACCAGUGUUUCAUCCAGUUCUUGUCCAACCCGGCAGUGACCUUUGGCACAGCCAUUGCUGCCUUCUACCUGCCCGUGGUCAUCAUGACUGUGCUGUAUAUUCACAUCUCACUGGCAAGUCGCAGUCGAGUCCACAAGCAUCGGCCUGAGGGUCCCAAGGAGAAGAAGGCCAAGACGCUGGCUUUCCUCAAGAGCCCCCUGAUGAAGCCGAGUAUCAAGAAACCUCCACCAGGGGGCGCUUCUCGAGAGGAACUGCGCAACGGGAAGCUAGAAGAGGCCCCUCCGCCAGCCCUGCCCCCGCCUCCACGCCCAGUGGCCGACAAGGACACUUCCAAUGAGUCUAGCUCGGGCAGUGCCACCCAGAAUACCAAGGAACGGCCACCCACAGAACUGUCCACCACAGAGGCCACGCCAGCCCUGCCCGCCCCUACCCUGCAGCCACGAACCCUCAACCCAGCCUCUAAAUGGUCCAAGAUUCAGAUUGUAACAAAGCAGACAGGCAAUGAGUGUGUGACAGCCAUCGAGAUUGUACCCGCCACGCCAGCUGGCAUGCGCCCAGCAGCCAAUGUGGCCCGAAAGUUCGCCAGCAUCGCUCGCAACCAGGUGCGCAAGAAGCGACAGAUGGCGGCCCGGGAGCGCAAAGUGACUCGGACCAUCUUUGCCAUUCUGCUCGCCUUCAUCCUCACCUGGACACCCUACAAUGUCAUGGUCCUGGUGAACACCUUUUGCCAGAGCUGUAUCCCUGAGAGGGUGUGGUCCAUCGGCUAUUGGCUCUGCUACGUCAACAGCACCAUUAACCCUGCUUGCUAUGCACUCUGCAAUGCCACUUUCAAAAAGACCUUCCGACACCUCCUGCUGUGCCAGUAUCGGAACAUCGGCACAGCCAGGUAGACGGGCAGGUGUCCUAGGAGGUGCUGGUGUCAUGAGUGUACCGGGGAACCACAUGGGCUCACCGGCUGUGGAGGAGAGAGUAGGUGGCCCCAUUCUGAGCAUCUGCUAAAGAGAACAGGUCUCUUAGACAGAGAGGCACAAGAGGCUCUUUGCUAGGUUUGGAGAGCAGAUCUCUACUGAAACCCAGGAGGCUCCGCCCAGGGAGGGUGCGAACUGGCACCACCUGUCCCCUCUCUGUCGUCCUGUCUCAGGAAGAUGGGGACAAUGGCUGGAGUAGGCAGCUGCUCCGUCAAGGCCAACCAUCAGCAGAGGCAGAAUGGCUAGGCGAGCAGAGGUCAGGGGCAUCUCGAGAGGAUCAAAGGAGCCAGGCUUGGAAGGGUGGGGUACCCCGUUCUGCUGUAAUCGGUGCUUUCUGGCUCCCUGCACCCCUCCCCCUGCAUGUAGGCUCAGCCCUUCCCCUCCCCCAGGUCCCACUCCAGGGUGAGAGAUUUCCCUGCCAUAGUUGCUCAGCCAGGCUCUGGGUGGGGGAAAGCCGGGUUGAGGUACCCUUUGACACUUUAGUCACAGCUGGAUUGGGCAUCUGGGAAGCCAAGCCGAGAAGCUAAUUGACUCCAGGGGACCAAGACUGAGUCAGAGUGGUGGACCUUACUGUCGAGAACACAGCCUCUUAGGUCACACAUCAGAUGACGGACAAUACUCCCCUCUACCUCUGCACGACGGAGGACCCAAGGAAAGAAAAAGUGUGUGUAUGUGUGAACUUGGUGACCCAUGCAGGCCUCAGUGGCAGGGGAGGCAAGCCAGGCACCCGCAAGAGGCAGAGUUCAAUCUGGGUUCUCUUCCCUAACCCGGUCCCUGGGAGAGAUGGCACCCAGAGGACUCUGGAAGACAUUUUCAUAAAUGUUCUGCUCUUUCCAUGAGCUGUUGGGAGCACUUCCUGGUAACCCUCAACUCCCUUCAGUCCACCACCACCCCCAACAAAAUUCCAUGGCAAACUCCCUGGGAAGGGGCUUUUAUAUAUUAAAAAAGAAGCUUUUAUUGAA